GUUUAGUUUUUUUUAACGUUGAAAAAUCGGUGUUACGUCGAGUACGUUGAAUGUAUUUAUAGAAAGAACGUUGGUUAGCAUUUUUAUUCCGUUUAGAUUUCGUUAUCGCGGAAUAUUCCUCCAAUCAGGCCUAAACAGCGAUAAUAAUAAUGUAAGUAAUCGCUGUUUUUAAAUGAAAACGUCUCCUUUAUGUGGUUGUGAAACUAGAUUUUGCAAUUUUGUUUGAUUUGAUUGCGAUAUCAACUAAUCAAAUAAAGGCUUUUUGAUUUUUAAAUUUGACAUUGACAUUUCAAGGUUGCGCAGGUUGAGCAUACCUUGGCGUCGUUUUUCGAAACCUUCCAUCAAAUCAUAAGAUGCGCAAGCGCUUAUGAUCCUGUGGGAUUAAACCCGAUGGAGGCCGAGUGAGCGCCCCCGUCGGCGUCGAGGCGCUAUUUUGGUCCGACGAUAUUUGGCAGGAACGUCGGACACCUUCAGUGCAAAGAGUGCGAGUGACCCCGUGAGAUGGUGGCGGAUUUUCCGCUGCUAUGUACGGCACGAGCCUGUCGAUUUCCCGUUUGAGGGGCACCUACGACGACUACGAGCGUCUCGGCUAUCCGAAUAAACCAUCGUGGGGCCAAAUGACUAAUUCAGCGACUGGUGGAAAUGGGGGCGCUUCAACCGCAAGAAGAAAUCAUCGGUAUCAGCGCGCCUCAACAACCGCGAGCGUCACUCAAAUGCUCAGUGAUUCUUGUUCGAGCCUCCUACAAAAAUUGACGACGCGAGUUCGGGGGCCUUCGGCGACGGUUGAGCGGCAAUUAAAAAAUAACGGAUUAAGUUAUUCGAAUCACCCCCUCGAAUCAACUCGGGUUACAUCCCCCGGGUUUUACGCCUCCGCAAGAACGCGAUUAGAAGACAAAUAUUCUUCGGUGCUCGAAAAAAUUUAUGGCAAAAAGAAGGAUGAAACAUCUUCGAAACCAAUUCCUUUAAGUAAAAGUGCCACAACCUCAAAUAUUUCGUAUCCUUAUCUUUAUCAACACCACAACAACAACAAUAACAACAACAACAGCAACAACAACAACAUUUAUAACGGAAUUAGAGAAAAAACGCCUUAUAAAACAUCAUCAAAAAAAUACCCAGAACCUCCUUAUAGCUACCUCGAUCGCGACGCCGUUUAUAGAAUAAGACAUAAAUCCACCACCAGCAACAGUGGUCAAGCGGAAUUACGCCCGAGAAGAUCCUCAAAACCAAUAAGAAGUGGAAAAAGUGAAUGUAACGAAAAGCGAAAACCCAGCUUAAAAUUAUGCCCGGUUGAAAUGCCCCCAUUAGAUGAUAUUAGAACAACUCCAGUUCCUCCUGUUGUUCCUGCAGCAAUAACUGCCAAUUUAUCCCCGUUAACUUUAGACGAUGAAGCCACCCCGACGCCUUCUAUGCCUCCUCAAGAUCCGGUUUUAUCGGAGAGAGAGGCGAAACGGAAGGAAAUACAAAAUUUAAUUAUGAAAUAUUCCGCUUUGGACGAAGUUUAUAAUAAGAAAAGUACCCAACCUGGUGUUCAUAAAAGCGCCGCGGCUGCUAUCGCACAAAAAUAUCAUCCGGUUAGAAACGCGGCGGUUAGCUCUCGAGCACCUUCUGUCGAGGACGACGAAGAGGGACACCUCAUUUACCGGUCUGGAGAUGUCCUGCAAGACAGAUAUAAAAUUCUCGGCACGUUGGGAGAAGGCACCUUUGGAAAGGUCGUCAAAGUGAAAGAUCUGGAAUUGGAUCAUUCGAUGGCUUUGAAAAUCAUCAAAAAUGUCGAAAAGUACCGGGAAGCGGCUAAACUAGAGAUUAAUGUCUUGGAAAAAAUUGCUGAUAAAGAUCCUGAUAGCAUGUAUUUGUGCGUACGAAUGUUGGAUUGGUUCGAUUACCAUGGACACAUGUGCAUUGCUUUCGAAAUGCUUGGGUUGAGCGUCUUUGAUUUUUUGAAGGAUAACAAUUACCAACCGUAUUCAUUGGAACAAGUUCGCCACAUCGGUUACCAACUUUGCUUCGCCGUUCGAUUCCUGCACGAUAACAAAUUAACACACACCGAUCUUAAACCUGAAAAUAUUUUAUUUGUAGACUCCGAUUAUGAAGUAAUCCAUAAUAGUAGAAAGAGGAAAGAUGUGAAACGAGUAAAACGCACUGAUGUAAGAUUAAUCGAUUUUGGAAGUGCAACUUUUGAUCAUGAGCAUCAUAGCACAAUAGUUUCUACACGGCACUAUAGGGCUCCAGAAGUUAUAUUAGAAUUGGGUUGGGCUCAGCCAUGUGAUGUUUGGUCAAUCGGUUGUAUUUUAUUCGAAUUGUACUUAGGAAUAACUCUGUUUCAAACGCACGAUAACCGAGAACAUUUGGCAAUGAUGCAAAGGAUUUUGGGGGAAAUCCCGGUGAGAAUGGCUCGAAAAACCAAAACGAAAUAUUUUUACCGCGGCAAAUUAGAGUGGGAUGAAAAGAGUUCCGCUGGUCGUUAUGUCAAAGAUAAUUGUAAACCUUUAUCGAGAUAUAAACAAGUUGAUAGCAACGAUCACGAACAACUUUUCGAUUUAAUCUAUAAAAUGUUAGAAUACGAGCCAUCUCAAAGGAUAACUUUAAAAGAAGCUUUGGUUCAUCCGUUCUUCGCAAAGAUACCGUCGCAUCAAAGGUUAGGGGAGCAAGGGGCGGGCGAUAUGUUGCGAGAUCGGAGCCCAUCGAUGAGUUGAGCUGAUUUUGAAAACGAAACGGAAAUAAGAAAGAAAGAUAAAGAUAAAAAAUCGUUUCUAUUUCAAUUUAUUUUUUUCUACUACGCAGAUGUUGUAUUGUCGGACAAUAAGUAAAUUCUUCACUGCAGUUUCUUUUUGUUGAUGAUAAUAUUAAAACGCCCGGCUAGGUUUUAAUUUGGACGCUUUUUUACUGAAAAAAAAAGAAUUAAUCGUAAUUUUUAGUGAAAUCAUAGGGCAGAAAUUUGAUUCAAGAUGUUUACUCGUCAUUUCCAUUUAAUGAGUUUUUUUUUAAUUGAUUAAGUUGAAGAAUUAUUCGUUUAUUGUACACGGAUAAAUUGUUUUUUUUCGAUAUAUGCAUAAGAUAUCGUUAUUGUUCAACUUUUUUUUAACGAUUAAUCAAAACAGUCCAUUCUAUCUAGGUAAGUUAUAUCCCCGUCUUGUAAAUAUUCUUAAAUAAAAAAUAUAGUUUUCAAAUAAG